AUGCCUCAAUCUCGGUUCUCGAUCAAGCGAGUCCGGAAGGAGCUGUCCGUGCUGUGGGUCGACCCGCCGGCGUUCUGCCGUCCCGGCGCGUCGCCGAUGACGGACCCGUACCACUUCGAGGUGAUCAUCGACGGCCCCGCCGGCAGCCCCUACGCCGGCGGCACGUUCCCCCUCGACGUUGUGCUCCCGGAGGACUACCCCUUCAAGCCCCUCAAGCUCACCUUCAAAACCAAGGUGUACCACCCGAACAUCGACAACGAGGGGGAGAUCUUCCUGGACAUCUUCAAGGACAACUGGAGCCCGGCGCUGACGAUCAGCAAGGCCCUCCUCUCCAUCGUCUCCGUCCUCUACGACCCCCUCCUCGACCUCCCCGUUCGCCGCGGCGUCGCGCUUCAGUACAGGCACGACAGGGCGACCUUCGAGACGAAGGCCAUGGACUGGACUCGAAGAUACGCCACGGCGCCCGUCGUUUCCUUCUACCCAGCUGCGAAGGAAGGCCACUCCAGGGGACUACGAGCAGGACGUACUGGCCAGCUGCUGACUGCACUUGCGCGAUUCAGAGCGCGACCGAUUCAGGUUCACGUGGCGCCGUCGCUGGCUUGCUGA